GAAAGUUCAGAAGGAGAACCAUUGGGCGAACAUGUUGUACCUCUGAAUAGUGGCACUGACAAGUCGCCCAGUAGAGGUUUUCCAUGGAAUAUGGACCUGAACAGAACCUCUGGUCAAAAGGCGGCAAAGGCAAACCACGGAAAACAAAAAGGCCCCCGGCAUCCCACUCUGGAUGACGAAUUCUUUUCUAUAUCCGAGUUUAACCGAGAGAUUGAAUCAGCGGAAGCCAAAUCCUCCUCGAGAGGCAAGCUCAGAGGAGACGAUGAUACUGAGGAUGAGGAAAGUGUAGACCUGUUUGCCGAGAUGGACGAAGAGGAUAUGAUGGAUGACGAUGGAGACGUAGGAGACGGUACCACUUCGGUGGUGGACAUGGUCGAAGACAAGCGAGGGCUGCUCAAACAGAUAGCGUUCUCCUUCAAAGUAUAUUGCCUAUUCGAGAGCUCAUAUAAUUUCAUUUUAAAAGAUUUUGUUUUACAUUUUAGUCACGAAUUGAUCGUCGUUACUCAAUUUGGAAAAGUCCAAACAGCACUGCAACAAACUUGGAUCCUUCCAUAUUCCGCAAACAUGUCUUGGUUCCGUAGCAAAUCUGCUCCCAAAACUCCAGAACCUCAAGCAAACUCCUAUAAUCCUCCUGCUGAUGACUAUAUUCCAGAUGAAUAUGACCGCAACCGCCGCGAGUUGUUCGCACCAUCUGGUGGUCAGGGCCGGGGACCAUCCCCUCAACAAUCUGGAUACAGACCCCAACAGCGCAACAAAUACGAUACACCAGAUGAUGACGAGGAGGCAUUUAGAUCCAAUGUCCUCCGCAAAGCCGCUCCUCCACCAAGUGCCCAAGCCAUCGCUAGGGAGGCCAAUAGUGUCCGUGCCAUGCCCGAGCGCUACAAUAGGAGUGGAGGGCCAAACGAUGCCUACUCUCGAGGGGCUCGCGACCUAGACCAAGAUCGUGCGAAUCUCUUUGCAGGAGCUACCGUUCAACCCCGAGCCGGAGGGGGCAAUCGUUAUGAUGAGCGCGGAGGUGGUGGCGCUGGGGGUGAAGACGAGGAAGAAGACCUCGAAUCAAUUCAAACAAAGACGAAGGAUAUUAAAAACCAGAGUGUCCAGUCCACACGCGAAGCCCUCCGAAUGAUGAGAGAAGCUGAAGAAACAGGCAAGAAUACCUUGUUGAAACUCGGCCAACAGUCUGAUGAUAACACAUCGGACAUCAAAGCCUUGAAUCGGUCCAUCUUCAUUCCAGCUAUCACCUUUGACAAAUCGAAGAAGAGAGCAGAACAAGACGCCAAGAUGGCCAGGCGUUAUGAAGAGGAGAAAGCGGAACGGGAUGCAACCAACGCUAGAAUGAUGGAGACCCAUAAUCAGGUUGCAGGUGCAACCAGCCGAAACAAUCGUGACGGUCCUCCUGGUGACGAUGAUGAAGAGAUUGGUGGAGGAGGUAGAUUUAAUGCGCAGCAGAUGGCAGCUCGAAAGGCGAAGUGGGCUAAAUAUCAAUCGCGCGAUGACGACGAAGAAGAUGAUGCCAUGGAGAACGAACUUUCCAAUAACCUGGAUGAGCUUUCUCUUGGUAUUGGUCGUAUCAAGGCUCUGGCGCAUGCUCAGGGUGAUAUCGUCAAACGACAAAACGAGCAGCUUAAGCAGCUGCAUACGACUGUCGACGAUGUUGAUCGCAAGCUCGUCAAUAGCACCGACAGGGUAAGUGAAUCCAUUCACCCCAGAGCUUUGGACUUACAAAUUUUUUAG